GGUUUGCAUCAAGCUGGCGUUCAGGUAACUGCAGUGGUCCUGGGCAGGACGGUUGGACCUCAGCAGCCGAGCCCCAGCUGUGCUCUGAAGAUGGAGAACUGUACGACAACAGUGCUGAUUGGCUGGGACCUUUUCACUCCACACUCAGUCUGAGAAGCUUCGAGGAGGCUGCAGAGGACCAGCAGGUGCAGCGUGAGCACGACCUGCCAGAACCAGGCCAAGCCCACCAUGUCAGCUCUCGUCGGCCCUUCAUGGACGUCCAGGGUGCAGAGCAGCCUUCUGCUCUGGAUGGGGCUGGGGUUGGUCUGUGUGGACGGUAUCCAGGCCCAGCAGCAUCCAGUCGUCACCACCAACUAUGGGAAACUGCGAGGAGUGAAGGUGACUCUACCCAACGAGAUCCUGGGACCAGUGGAGCAGUACCUGGGAGUGCCGUACGCCCUGGCUCCAACCGAGGAGCGCAGGUUCCAACCACCCGAGCCCCCCAUGUCGUGGCCGGGCAUCAGAAACUCCACCCACUUUGCACCGGUGUGUCCUCAGUUCUUAGAGGACCGCUUCUUACUCAACGAUAUGCUGCCCGUGUGGUUCACGKCCAACCUGGACACGGUGGUGAGCUACGUGCAGGAGCAGAGUGAGGACUGCCUCUACAUGAACAUCUAUGUCCCCACAGAGGACGAUAUCCACGAUGAGAACGGGCUGAAGCCGGUCAUGGUUUACAUCCAUGGAGGCUCCUUCGUGGAGGGGACUGGGAACAUGAUUGACGGCAGCAUCCUGGCCAGCUAUGGCAACGUCAUCGUCAUCACCAUCAACUACCGGCUGGGAGUCCUGG